AAAAACGUAAAAAAUUUUAAAUGUAGCAAAAUAGUUUGAGGUUUUUUGACUCAGUUUAACAGGAACUGACGAUAGAAGAAACUCCACCUCUUUGGUUGCAUGAAGAAACAUAAAACAUUGCUUGUCAUUACCUCAUGAGGUUCAUUGUGAGAAGAAAGCAGCAGUGAACAUUGUAAUUAGCAUGAAACUGAUUUACAUCUUAAUGACCAGGAUGAUGAAUCUUCACCUCACUUUAACACUCGUCAGCGUUCUUAGAGCUUCUCUGCGGGCUGAUGGCGGUAACAUACGACUCACUGAUGGCAACAACUUCUGCUCUGGUAGAGUGGAGAUCCUGCAUAAUGGUCAGUGGGGAACAGUGUGUGAUGACUACUGGGACCUGAAUGAUGUGAAGGUGGUGUGUAGACAGAUUGGAUGUGGUAAAGCUGUCACUGCUCAUCAUGGUGCCCACUUUGGUCAGGGAAGUGGCAAAAUAUGGCUGAAUAAUGUCCAGUGUUCUGGAAAUGAAAACACCAUCACACAGUGCUCUCACAGCAGAUUUGGAGUAAACAACUGUAACCAUAAUGAAGAUGCUGGUGUUACUUGCUCAGAUAACAUACGACUCACUGGUGGCAGCAACUUCUGCUCUGGUAGAGUGGAGAUUCUGCAUAAUGGUCAGUGGGGAACAGUGUGUGAUGACGACUGGGACCUGAAUGAUGCAGAGGUGGUGUGUAGACAGAUUGGAUGUGGUAAAGCUGUCACUGCUCAUCACGGUGCUCACUUUGGUCAGGGAAGGGAUGAAAUAUGGAUGAAUAAUGUUCUGUGUUCUGGAAGUGAAAGCACCAUCACACAGUGUUCUCACAGCGGAUUUGGAGUAAACAACUGUAACCAUAAUGAAGAUGCUGGUGUUACUUGCUCAGAUGGAAUACGACUCAUUGGUGGCAACAGCUUCUGCUCUGGUAGAGUGGAGAUCCUGUAUAAUGGUCAGUGGGGAACAGUGUGUGAUGACAACUGGCACCUGAAUGAUGCAGAGGUGGUGUGUAGACAGAUUGGAUGUGGUAAAGCUUUCACUGCUCAUCACGUUGCACACUUUGGUCAGGGAAGUGGUGUAAUAUGGCUGAAUAAUGUUCAGUGUUCUGGAAAUGAAAGCACCAUCAAACAGUGCACUCACAGCAGAUUUGGAGUAAACAACUGUAACCAUAAUGAAGAUGCUGGUGUUACUUGCUCAGAUAACGUACGACUCACUGGUGGCUACAGCUUCUGCUCUGGUAGAGUGGAGAUCCUGCAUAAUGGUCAGUGGGGAACAGUGUGUGAUGACGACUGGGACCUGAAUGAUGCAGAGGUGGUGUGUAGACAGAUUGGAUGUGGUAAAGCUGUCACUGCUCAUCCCAGUGCCCACUUUGGUCAGGGAAGUGGUGAAAUAUGGCUGGAUGAUGUUCAGUGUUCUGGAAAUGUAAACACCAUCACACAGUGCACUCACAGCAAAUUUGGAGUAAACAACUGUAGCCAUAGUAAAGAUGCUGGUGUUACUUGCUCAGAUGGAAUACGACUCAUUGGUGGCAGCAACUUCUGCUCUGGUAGAGUGGAGAUCCUGCAUAAUGGUCAGUGGGGAACAGUGUGUGAUGACAACUGGGACCUGGAAGAUGCAGAGGUGGUGUGUAGACAGAUUGGAUGUAGUAAAGCUGUCAAAGCCCAUAGAAUUGCUUACUUUGGUCAGGGAAGUGGCAAAAUAUGGCUGAAUAAGGUUCAGUGUUCUAGAAAUGAAAGCACCAUCACACAGUGCACUCACAGCAGAUUUGGAGUAAACAACUGUAACCAUAAUGAAGAUGCUGGUGUUACUUGCGCAGAUAACAUACGACUCACUGGUGGCAGCAACUUCUGCUCUGGUAGAGUGGAGAUCCUGCAUAAUGGUCAGUGGGGAACAGUGUGUGAUGACGACUGGGACCUGAAUGCUGCAGAGGUGGUGUGUAGACAGAUUGGAUGUGGUAAAGCUGUCACUGCUCAUCAAAGUGCCCACUUUGGACAGGGAAGUGGUGAAAUAUGGCUGAAUGAUGUUCUGUGUUCUGGAAAUGAAAGCACAAUCACACAGUGCUCUCACAGAGGAUUUGGAGUAAACAACUGUAGCCAUAGUGAAGAUGCUGGUGUUACUUGCUCAGAUGGAAUACGACUCCCUGGUGGCAACAACUUCUGCUCUGGUAGAGUGGAGAUCCUGUAUAAUGACCAGUGGGGAACAGUGUGUGAUGACGGCUGGGGUCUGAAUGAUGCAGAGGUGGUGUGUAGACAGCUUGGAUGUGGUAAAGCUGUCACUGCUCAUCACGUUGCACACUUUGGUCAGGGAAGUGGUGAAAUAUGGCUGAAUAAUGUUCAGUGUUCUGGAAAUGAAAACACCAUCACACAGUGCACUCACAGCGGAUUUGGAAUAAACAACUGUAACCAUAAUGAAGAUGCUGGUGUUACUUGCUCAGAUAACGUACGACUCACUGGUGGCUACAACUUCUGCUCUGGUAGAGUGGAGAUCCUGUAUAAUGACCAGUGGGGAACAGUGUGUGAUGACAACUGGGACCUGAAAGAUGCAGAGGUGGUGUGUAGACAGAUUGGAUGUGGUAAAGCUGUCACUGCUCAUCAGGAUGCUGACUUUGGUGAGGGAAGUGGUGAAAUAUGGCUGAAUGAUGUUCAGUGUUCUGGAAAUGAAAGCACCAUCACACAGUGCUCUCACAGCAGAUUUGGAGUAAACAACUGUAGCCAUAGUGAAGAUGCUGGUGUUACUUGCUCAGAUGGAAUACGACUCACUGGUGGCAACAGCUUCUGCUCUGGUAGACUAGAGAUCAUGUAUAAUGACCAAUGGGGAACAGUGUGUGAUGACUACUGGGACCUGAAUGAUGCAGAGGUGGUGUGUAGACAGAUUGGAUGUGGUAAAGCUGUCACCGCUCAUCAAAGUGCCCACUUUGGUAAGGGAAGUGGUGAAAUAUGGCUGAAUAAAGUGCAGUGUUCUGGAAAUGACAGCACCAUCACACAGUGCACUCACAGCAGAUUUGGAGUAAACAACUGUAACCAUAAUGAAGAUGCUGGUGUUACUUGCUCAGAUAACAUACGGCUCACUGGUGGCAGCAACUUCUGCUCUGGUAGAGUGGAGAUCCUGUACAAUGGUCAGUGGGGAACAGUGUGUGAUGACGACUGGGACCUGAAUGCUGCAGAGGUGGUGUGUAGACAGAUUGGAUGUGGUAAAGCUGUCACUGCUCAUCAAAGUGCCCACUUUGGUCAGGGAAGUGGUGAAAUAUGGCUGAAUGAUGUUCAGUGUUCUGGAAAUGAAAGCACAAUCACACAGUGCUCUCACAGAGGAUUUGGAGUAAACAACUGUAGCCAUAGUAAAGAUGCUGGUGUUACUUGCUCAGAUGGAAUACGACUCACUGGUGGCAGCAACUUCUGCUCUGGUAGAGUGGAGAUCCUGUAUAAUGGUCAGUGGGGAACAGUGUGUGAUGACUACUGGGACCUGAAAGAUGUAGAAGUGGUGUGUAGACAGAUUGGAUGUGGUAAAGCUGUCUCUGCUCGUCACAGUGCCCACUUUGGUCAGGGAAGUGGCAAAAUAUGGCUGAAUAAUGUUCAGUGUUCUGGAAAUGAAAGCACCAUCAAACAGUGCUCUCACAGCAGAUUUGGAGUAAACAACUGUAACCAUGGUGAAGAUGCUGGUGUUACUUGCUCAGAUAACGUACGACUCACUGGUGGCUAUAAAUUCUGCUCUGGUAGAGUGGAGAUCCUGUAUAAUGACCAGUGGGGAACAGUGUGUGAUGACGACUGGGACCUGAAAGAUGCAGAGGUGGUGUGUAGACAGAUUGGAUGUGGUAAAGCUGUCACUGCUCAUCACGUUGCACACUUUGGUCAGGGAAGUGGCAAAAUAUGGCUGAAUAAGGUUCAAUGUUCUGGAAAUGAAAGCACCAUCACACAGUGCACUCAUAGUGGAUUUGGAGUAAACAGCUGUUUCCAUGGUGAAGAUGCUGGUGUUACUUGCUCAGAUGGAAUACGACUGACUGGUGGCAGCAACUUCUGCUCUGGUAGAGUGGAGAUCCUGCAUAAUGACCAAUGGGGAACAGUGUGUGAUGAUGACUGGGACCUGAAUGAUGCAGACGUGGUGUGUAGACAGAUUGGAUGUGGUAAAGCUGUCACUGCUCAUCAGAGUUCCCACUUUGGUCAGGGAAGUGGUGUAAUAUGGCUGAAUAAGGUUCACUGUUCUGGAAAUGAAAACACCAUCACACAGUGCUCUCACAGCAGAUUUGGAGUAAACAACUGUAACCAUAAUGAAGAUGCUGGUGUUACUUGCACAGUUACUUUGUAGGUGCUAAAAAGGACAUAUGAGUGUCACCAAGAAGAGGCAGAAACCAUUUUCUACCAGAAGGAUGAUUCUGAGGACUUGGAUAAUGACUACAUUAAUGCAGAGCGUGAACAAUGAAGGGAUGCAGAUGAUGACUAUAUUAAUGUUGAUGCUGAGGAACAAAGAAAUGACUAUGAGGAUGCAGAAAUUUAAGCAAAGCAAAAUUGUGUAGAGUAAUAUGGAAACCUAAAUGAUUAUCCAAAACCCCAUUUUUUCUGUAAGUGAUACAGGUACAGACACAAGUGCAGCAAACAAAACAAUCACAUAAUCCAAGGGCAAAGUCAAGAUUCAGGCAAGGGUCAGGCAAUAAACAAAUAAUUUUGAGCAUAAACUAAUCCAGAGUGGCAAAUUAAAAUGUGCUAAAUUGGUAGACUUAUAGUCAGACUUGGUUAGACUCUGUAUUAUAUGCAAAAGGUUUUAGUUAAGAGGUGUGUAAGGGAUUUGCACUUAUUCAAACAAGUUAUUGUACGUUUACUCUUAUUCUUUUUUCCCUAAAACAUUUCUUUUCUCACUUGAGUUUUGUUAGUUAUUAUAUCACAUAAAAGGAGGAUGUGGUGUGUUAUCUUUUUUUUAACAUCACUAAGACCUGUAACAGAAGUGUUAUUUUAAUAGGAAUACUUUUUAUAUCUACUAUAUCAGUGCUAUGGUCAGUGGCUCCAUCAUUGGGAGAGGUGGGAAAGAGAGAAGCAGGAAAAAGAGAAUGAUGUAAUGUGUCUGAGAGAGAUGUCAGAGAGUUGUACAAAGAGAUGUACAAAGCAGGUUAGAAGCAAUAACCUUAGAGUUAUUCUCCUGAAAACAAUGGGCGGAUAGACGGAUCUUGUAUGUAGCCUUUUUUCCCAAUUCCACUACUGAUUAUCAUCACUCCAGAUGGGCGGAUCACCUUGUCCGCAUAACUAGGGAUGUAAACUGUUUUAAGGUGUGCGAUAUUUCCACAUAACAUUCAUGGAAUUACAUUGUGAUUAAAAAGCAUUUUUGUCUGAAGGGAUUAUUCUCACAAGCCUCAAUGAUAUGGAGUGCACUAGUGUUUAUUCUGUUUCAUUUUUCUUUUUUAGAUGUUUAAUUUAUUGUACAGCCUGAACUAAAUCGGUUGAACUCAUUGUUUCAAAUGUGAUUGAUUCUUUUUCUGAGCAAUUAUUAAUAUUAGUUCAUUUGGUUUAUGGGUUCUUUCUAGAGAACUUAAAGUAAUUAAAGCUUAGAGUUUAAAGCUAAAUUUAACAUUUAAUUCACAUUAAAUUUUGAUAAGGUGUGACAUUUAGACUUAAGUAGAAGUUAGUGAACCUUCAUCACAACUGUAACAUUUCAUCCAUUUUUACUUAAUGUGAGUUUAUAAAUAAGUUGUAUUUUAUUUUGCUCACUUAUUUUGUUAAUAAAUUCAAUUUGUGUUUAUCUUUAAAA